AUGGAGAAAGACAGACGAAUCCUGAUCAUCGGUGCUGGCUGCUUCGGCACCUCGACAGCAUACCAUCUCUCGCGGCGCGGAUAUAGCUCCAUUCGCGUGCUCGACCGAUACGCGCCACCGUCGUGCGAGGCUGCAUCGACCGACAUCAGCAAGAUCAUCCGGAGUGAUUACAACGAGCCACUAUAUGCACGUCUCGGUAUCGAGUCUAUCGAGGCAUGGCAGUCCUGGUCCAUGUUCAAGGGACUCUAUCAUGUUCCCGGGUGGAUCCUGAGCGCGGCCAAUUUAUCGCGGCCGUUCGUUGAGGGAUCGAUUGAGACAUGCAAACGAUUGGGCGUGCAGGGUCUUGAGGAGCUCACCGCCGAUCAAGUUCGCUCGCGAUAUCCUGUCAUCACUGGCAAGUUGACUGGGUGGAAUAUCAACGUGUGGAAUCCGACGGCUGGUUGGGCGGCGGCUGGCCAAGCGUUGGAGCGAAUGGCAGGAGCUGCUCAGAACAACGGGGUCUUGUACAUCUCAGGAGAGCAAGGCUAUGUGCGAAGGCUGGUUUUCGAGACAGGUGAAUGCAAAGGAGUCAUCACCGCCGAUGGCACAAGACAUGAAGCGGACGUGGUGAUCCUCGCAGCUGGAGCUUGGACGCCUUCACUACUUGGACUCAAUGGCCAACUGACAGCCAAAGGCCACGCCGUUGCGCAUAUCCAACUCUCACCAGCCGAGACAAAAUACUACUCUGCAAUGCCGAUUAUGGAUAACCUGGAACUGGGGUAUUUCUUCCCUCCCCAGGCAGACGGCAUCUUCAAGAUGGCCCACAGCCAAUUCAUCACCAAUGUACAAACAGACACGAACUCUGGCAUCACUACCUCUACCCCACAUACGUUCGUCCAAAGUCCCAGCGACGGCCUUCCGCUCGAGAUCGAAGCGACUAUGCGCCGUAAUCUACGCCGCGUGCUUCCCGAGCUCGCAGACCGGCCAUUCUGUUAUACACGUCUUUGCUGGGAUGCCGAUACAGCUGAUCGGCAUUUCCUCGUCACGCCUCACCCAAAUCAUCAGAAAUUGUUUCUAGCUGCGGGUGGCUCGGCGCACGGGUUUAAAUUCCUCCCAGUGGUUGGGAAGUAUGUGGCGGAUAUGCUGGAGGGGACACUUGAUCCGGAAAUUGUCCGUCAGUGGAAGUGGCGGACAGGACAGACACCGACGGCGAAGAAUCUUGCACAUAUGGAUCCGGAGUUGGAGUUGAGCGAUUUGACGGGGUGGAAAGGGAGACAAGUGCGUGAGAAAAGCACUAUCUCCAAGCUAUGA